ACUAUAACCAGGAAGUGCCGCUGUAAAUCAGGCUGAGCAAAGGUUGUUACAAACACUUAGCUUUUUCUUUACACUCCUGGCUUCUUAGCAUUGGAUUAUUGACGUGAUUCAACAGCAGACAGAGGAAGCCCCCUCACCACACAGAUACAGCAUCAAUUCCUGUCUGGAAAUGCCUCUGUUUCGAGCUCCAGGUAAACAUGGCGGGGUCAAAGCUGGGCCCCGGAGGAAGAGAAAUAAAGAGUGGAUGGGGAGCUGCAGGAAAACAGAUGAAGACGGCUCUGUGCUGUCGUUGACUCGGCUGUGUCUGCUCAGCCUGGCAGAAAACAUGAAGGAAGUGUGGGUGAAGGACUACGCCGACAACUACCUGGAUCACUUCUCAUUCAGAUACAUCAUGGGGCCUUUCAACCUACUGCCGGGUGAGCUGGUGGAGGACCUGACGCUGCUGCUGGGCUCCAGGAAGCAGAUGUCCCGGGCCGCCCUCCACCUCCUUCUGGUCCCCCAGCUCCGUGGCCUUUCUCUGGAGAAGUGUCCUGGCCUGGUCAACUCUGCCCUCUGCGCCCACAUUGCUGCACGGUGCCAGGCUCUGUGGAGUCUGGAUCUGUCUGCAGCCCAGCAGCUGUCCUCUAAGGUCCUGUCCGAGACCCUCGGCUGUCUUCCUGCCCUGCGCUCCCUCUCCCUGGCUGGUACACCUUGUGACAGAUGUGUAAUCAGGACGAUUGCCCAACGCUGUCGUUUCCUGCGCCAUCUGGACAUAUCCCGCUGUCAUCUCCUCUCCCCGUCUGCACUAAUUCCUCUUGGUGGGUGGGCUUCCUUUUCACCCUCUAGCUGUCCCUCUAGGUCACCUGGUUGCCCCUCUACAUCUCCAUCUGUUAGUUCCUCUUCUCCCAUGGCACCCCUGUCUCCUCUCCCCCUCUGUAGUCUGCUGGCUCUGGAUAUUGAUUUUGGGGAACAAGAAGGAGAUCCUGUGGCGGCAGCAGCCUACCUCCUCCUCUCCCUGCCCUACCUGGAGAGAGUGGCCAUGGAGGGUCUUGCACAGGCCUGCUGUCUCAUCCAGGAAAAACAGUUUGGACAGACAGAGGAGUUCACUAACAGAGAAGGAGUUCCCCAGCUGUGGGAUCUAUGGAGGGAGAGGAAGAGUAAGGACAGUUUGAGGAAAAAGAGAGAAGGAGCAGCAGCAGGCGACGAAGAUGAAGAGGAGAGGACAUUGUGGGAAGGGUAUGGUAGUGAAAACGAAGAAGAAACAAGUCGAGAUGAAGGGCUGAGUCGCUCUCAAGCAGAGGAAAAAAGCAGAGAAGGAGUUUUGUCAAGUGAUGAACGCCUGAUCCUACGCCUGAAGGACGUCAAGGGCUUAUCAUGUGACUCUCUGGACAGUUUGAGUCGUGCAUGUCCGGACCUCUGCUCCAUAUCUGUGAACAUUGAUGAUGGUGAAGAUACUAGAGGAAGAAGCCAGGGCUCUCUGUUGGCUGCAGGCCUCCAGGCGUGUUCAGGCCAGCUGCAGAGCCUCACAGUGCACUACCCAGGCCCUCUGGUGGAGCUCCUUCCUGCCUUGCAAGUUGCAGGCUCCUCUUUGGUCUCUCUCACCCUGGAGGGGGUGAAAACAAGCCCUCACACCCCUCUGCUGGAUGUCAUCAAGGCCUGUCCCCGACUCAGAGACCUGCACAUCUCUGCAGAGCCUCCCAGCACACCACAGGAAGAGGAAGAAGAGGAGGAGAAUCAGCGUGAAGAGCGGGAUCUUCCUCAGCUGCCUCACCUCUGCUCUCUCACACUCAAUUUCUCCUACGAGCACAGCCAAAUGAAGCCUGUCAUGUCCUGGAUGUCCUUGAAGAAAGUGCUCAAGUGUCUCCUGGCUGGUUCUCCUUUACUGGAGAAGAUCUCCUUGGUGUCCGUGCCCUGCCCUCUGAACCGCGUGUUACAGGAUGUACUGAGCAUUUUGGACUUGGACCUUAACCUCUUUGCAGAAUCCACAGACUCACCUCCCAUGCCACUCGCACGGUUACAACGCAUUGACAUGCCGCGGACUGAUGUGGAGAUGAUGACGGUGAAAAGCAUUAUGCAACGAAGCAAGAGACUUAAGAAUGUAGAUGUGAGUUACUGCUGGCAAAUCAGUAACUUGGAGAUGGUGGACUGUAACAUGUCCAGUAAAGUCAAAGUUGUCUGGUUGUAGUGAAGAGAUGGUCAGCUUCCAAUAAUGGAGCAGCAGUGUUAAAGGUGGAUGAAUAAUGCUUUAAAUUAUUCAAAUAAAAACACACACAUUUUGUAUAGUGUCAAUUACAAUUUGUAUUUCAACUUGUAUCACUACAACUGUACUUUCAAACUUUUGCCCUGACAGUAAAUGGGCAAUAUGUUAAAUAUGUACUCAAUACAUGUCAAAACUGUUCAUUCUUAUAGUGCAUUAAAUUAAUUACAA